AUGAUGACUCACUCACAGUUGAGUGAGAUGCUUUGGAAGGCCUACCCAAAGCUUGAGCUUGACACUGUGGACAUGGCACCAUUACCCCCUGAUGCACCUGAGUUUAAACUCAUGCCGAAGGCUCCAUGUGCCACCUGCAACAUGUUGGUCCCACUUCAGUCACUUCCGCUACAUGUCAAGACAUGUAAAAAUGAGCUUGUGGACUUGUCAACAUCAGAUGAUGAGCUACUUAGUGAAUGUCCAAUGCCAGCAAUGUCCCCAGAAAAGAAGAAAGACAAGACUGAAUGUCCUGUGUGUAAAACAAUGUUCUGCACAGACCUAAUAGAAGUCCAUGCAGCAGAGUGUGGAUUGAGAUCGGAAGUCCAGAAUAACACAGAAGACAUUGGUUUUGUCUCAAGCAAGGAUGUUUCUGACUUUGAAGUUCAUUCUAUCGAUUCAUUCCAAAGUUUGGACCAAAUACUGAGCUGGAUAAGUUCUCAAGUACAGGAUGGCACGUUUGAAAUUUGUGUAUCAAGAAGUGAUAUUUUCAAUAGAGGAAUGCAUCAGUGGCAGCGCCAGAAGAAGUCCUCUCCAAAAUUCAAACUGAUGGUGUCUUUCAUAGAGGAAAACGGCUUUGACACGGGUGCCCUAGGAAAGGAAUUCUUAACGGAGAUGAUUGCAGAAAUAGAGAAAAGGCUCUUUGUUGGUGGUGUGGACAAAAAAGGGAAAAAUCCAGUCUACUGUCUGGGGAGCCUGGACAAAAACUAUUUCCGAGCUGCUGGUGAGAUUAUGGCAGCGAGUAUUGCCCAAGGCGGACCACUCCCCUCCUUCAUGAGAAAGUGGUGUUAUGCAUAUAUUUGUUCAGGCGAUGCAGAUGACAUACAAGUGACAUCAGAUGAUGUAACUGAUGUAGAACUUUCUCAACUCAUUACAAAGAUACAAGAAGCAAGUAAUGAAACAAUUGCCGAACUGAUUGAUGGAUUGAUGAACUGUGGAUACACUGGGAUAAUUUCGGACAACAAAAAAGAUGUUAUGACCAGAUCUGUUGUACUGCACUCCACUAUGAGGCUGAUCCCCAUGUUAGAUCAGCUUAGAAAAGGCCUGUCUGCCUCUUUUUGUUUCUGGAGAAGACGAUGGGGUGGAUGCCGCCUUUAUCAUUCAGAAGUGUCACCCUGA